CCCAAUCUCACGCCCGUCGCCGCUCCAAACCCUCAGUCCCCCUUUCUCUUCAUGUAGACGCGCCAGGAACCACCUCCGAGCGGCCCCCCUCCCGACUGCCCUCGAUGGCUUCCUUUCUGCGCCGCUCUUCGGUCAGUUAUGAGUUGCUCCCAAGGAACUCCUCAGACUCCAGCGACCGCCAUGGUUUCGAGGAACCUGCCUACGCCUAUCGAUCCCUCCCAGCCAUUCUUUCGUGGCUCCCGUUCUUUCGCACCGGUCGACAGCCCACGAGCGCCAAAGGAGCAACUGCAUACAGAUUCCCCCGCCCUCGGAGACACAGAGGAUGCUUAUUUCGCUCUGUAUACUGGGCCUUGAUUGUGCUCCCAUACUUCCUCAUUGGCCUGGUCUUGUUCGUGGCAGCCUUUAUACCCUCUUACACCCACCGCCCCGCGCAUUACAACGAACUCCGGGCAAGAUCUGAGGCUUCUUCCGAGCCAGGACGAGCCAACAUAAAUCAGGAAAAGGUUUUUAUUGCAGCUAGUGUAUAUGACGAGGACGGCAUGCUGGCCGGAGGGGCCUGGGGAGACGCUAUCAUCGGUCUCGUGGAUUUGCUUGGUCCCGAAAAUGUCUACCUUAGCGUGUACGAGAACGAUCCCGACCCUGGUUCGAAGAAAGCUCUAGAGGACUUUGAGAAGAGAGUCACAUGCAAUUCCUCCAUAGUUGCAGAGCACCUCGGACUCGACAGCAUCCCACGCGUCACGCUUCCCUCAGGUGAAAAGCGUGUAAAGCGAAUUGCCUUCCUCGCAGAAGUCCGGAAUCGAGCCUUACGUCCUCUUGAAACCGCCGGGAUCACAUUCGACAAGCUGUUCUUUAUAAAUGAUGUCGUCUUUGAUCCCAUUGAAGCCGCACAGCUCCUCUUCUCAACUAAAGUGGACUCAAACGGGCGCACCCAAUACGGUGCUGCUUGCGCCGUGGACUUCAUCAACCCCUUCAAGUUCUACGACCGUUUUGCUACCCGCGACCUCGACGGCUACAGCAUGGGCAUUCCCUUCUUUCCCUGGGUCACCGACGCAGGCUCUGGAGGGAGUCGACGUGACCUCAUUGCUAAUAAGGACGCCGUCCGUGUUCGCAGCUGCUGGGGCGGCAUGACUGCCUUCGAAGCCCGCUGGUUCCAGACCGCCAGCAUCACCUCCGCACUCUCUACCUCCGAUUCACCCCCCUCUACCUCCCCACUCCGCUUCCGCUUCGAAGAGGAUAUCUUCUGGGACUCCUCUGAAUGUUGUCUCAUAAACGCCGACCUGCAGCAUCGCCGCUCUGGGCUCAACGUGACUGAAGAUACAGGCAUUUACAUGAACCCAUUUGUGCGUGUCGCGUAUGACUCGAACACACUUUCCUGGCUCGCUCUCACCCGCCGCCCCGAGCGCCUCUACUCAUUGAUUCACAACAUCCUGAGUCACAUGGUGGGCAUGCCACUAUUCAACCCGCGCCGUACGGAGCAGCCUGGCGAGCAGGCGACAGACAAAGUCUGGCAGUAUGACAAUCCUGACGCUGUCUUCUCCGGGAAUUUGACUGUGGAGGGCUUUAAGGGCGCAUACCACGACGUUAAGCGCCUAGCGGGCCCAGGCGGCUUCUGCGCUUCGGUGAUAUGCGUAGACGUUAUAGUACGGCAGUUUCCGGGGCAAAAGAACUUCAAGAUCCAAAACAGCAAUAAUUUUCUAUCAUGUUCACUAAGCUUGAGCUUCGGGGUCAUGAUAUUCUCAUCGCUGUACAGCAUGCUGCCAUCCGCAAAACAGUACUUGCAUAAAUCUGGACUCUCUCCCAAAGUUGCCGCUUGGAUCACGAUUGGGUGCUUUUUGGCAGGUGUCAUUGGUAUCCAGCUUAUUUCACGUGUUAUACAUCGUUAUAUUCCGCACGAAACGGUCGACUGUGACCAUGCUCACGAUGAAGAGGAGGGAGAAGAAAUCCAAGAAUGUGACGAACAUCAGAAAAGCCCGCAGCUGGUGCGGGAUCCUGGGUUUCAAAAACAGUAUCACCUAUCCAUGGGCUCAGAGUCUGCCGUCAACACAGAUCUUGAUUCAGAACAACUACACGGCGAUCACACCCAUGUCGUCAACGGAAUCCACCACGGCGAUGCAGAACACCGAAGGCCUUCGUUGCAGCAACUGGUUAGUGGUCUCGUAACUGGAUCAAAACGCCUCUGCGACGAGGACGGCCAAUGUUUCGGCUACUCCGAUCCAUGCGGCCAGGACUGCUUCAAAAUCGUGCAAUCAAGAGGAGGCACCAGAGCCCAUCCCCCUUUAGCCCGUCCUGCAGGCCUCAGAACCAUGUCGACUCCCCAUACAUCCACUCUCACGGGCGAACGCCAACCCCUCCUCCAAAGCGUCAACGAAGGCGCCCCCUUAACCGCCGCCACCGAACCGUCCCACUCACACAACACCACCAAGACAAGCAGCAACGGCAGCAACCCCUCCCUCCACAAACACCCCAGCACGGGCACCCUCUCCACUCAAUCCUCCUCCACCUCCUCACUACACAAAGCCCACACCCACCCCUCCCACCACCACCACGUCCCGACCAACGCCUUCCUCUCCAUCGGCCUCCAAACCUCCAUCGCCAUCGCCCUGCAUAAGCUUCCCGAAGGCUUCAUCACCUACGCCACCAACCACGCCAACCCCUCGCUCGGCGCGGCCGUCUUCCUCGCCCUCUUCAUCCACAACCUCACCGAGGGCUUCACCCUCGCGCUGCCCAUGUACCUCGCCAUCGGCUCGCGCUGGAAGGCCAUGUUCUGGUCCUCGCUGCUCGGCGGCGCGUCGCAGCCGCUCGGCGCGGGCGUCGCGGCACUCUGGAUCCGGUUUUCAGGCAGAGGCGCCGACGGUGACGAUGCGCGCGUGUAUGGGUGCAUGUUUGCGGUCACGGCGGGGAUCAUGGCGAGCGUGGCGGUGCAGCUGCUGAGCGAGAGUCUGGAUCUCACGCAUAGCAAGAAUGCGUGCUUUGUGUUUGCGUUUGUGGGGAUGGCGGUGUUGGGGGUUAGUAGUGCGUUGACGGCUUAG